CGCCCCGCUCCGCCAUCAUGAAGUCCUGAACAAAAACGGAUGGGAGUCGAGUAAAACGGGGAUAAGAUCAGACUGGAGAUGAAAUCCGUGGACGACAUUCAGGCGAUGACAGUACGAAGCGGAGCGCGGAGCGGAGCCCUAGAAAUUAACGAGGCAGUGUCUCGCUGAGAAGCGGGCGGGCGGCUCCUGUGGUCCGGGUUGUUUCGGUUAGCGGUGCGGCUAACUGCAGAGCUAGCCUGUGGUUUUCUCCUGGACUCCGGCUGUCAGCUGCGAGCUGUCACUUCGACUCGCCGCCGCUGGAGCUCAUGUGCAGCGGUGCAGACGGGACAUCUGUCCGUGUGACCCGGAGCGGCGGGAUGGAGCGCACCGCGAGGACAGGCGUCGACACAAACGAUGUGGUUCGCUCGUGUUGAAUAGACACCAGCGCCGAGGAUAGGGGAGCGAGGACUGAUAGUUUCCUGCCAGGCCGGGUAGCUAGCUUCACAGCUAGCUACAGUGGAUCCCAACAGCCACGGCGCUGGCCAUGCCGUCGAGUGUGCGGGCCGGGAGCCUGAAGGACCCGGAGGUGGCUGAGCUGUUCUCCAGGGAGGAUCCCGAGAAGCUCUUCACUGACCUGAGGGAGAUCGGUCAUGGGAGCUUCGGAGCAGUUUACUUCGCCCAUGAUAUCCGCACAAAUGAGGUGGUGGCCAUCAAGAAGAUGUCCUAUAGUGGCAAGCAGUCCAACGAGAAAUGGCAGGAUAUCAUCAAGGAAGUGAAGUUCCUCGAGAAACUGCGUCAUCCCAACACAGUCGAGUACCAUGGCUGCUACCUGAGAGAGCACACAGCAUGGCUGGUGAUGGAGUACUGCUUGGGCUCGGCCUCCGACCUCUUAGAAGUUCACAAGAAACCCCUCCAGGAAAUGGAAAUAGCUGCCAUAGUCCAUGGUGCAUUGCAGGGAUUGGUGUAUCUUCACUCUCACAACAUGAUUCACAGGGAUGUGAAGGCAGGAAACAUCUUGCUCACGGAGCCAGGUCAGGUCAAACUGGGAGACUUUGGCUCUGCCUCCAUUGUCGCUCCAGCCAACUCCUUUGUGGGAACACCCUACUGGAUGGCCCCUGAGGUGAUUCUGGCCAUGGACGAGGGUCAGUACGACGGGAAGGUAGAUGUGUGGUCACUUGGCAUUACCGCCAUAGAGCUGGCGGAAAGGAAGCCUCCUCUGUUCAACAUGAAUGCUAUGAGUGCCUUAUACCACAUCGCCCAGAACGAGAGCCCUGUGUUGCAAUCAAAUCACUGGUCGGAUUAUUUCCGCAAUUUUGUGGACCUCUGUUUGCAGAAGAUCGCCCAGGACAGACUUACCUCUGAUGUGCUGCUCAAGCACCACUUCCUAUGCAGAGAGCGUCCCAUGACAGUCGUAAUGGACCUGAUCGCACGCACCAAGGAUGCUGUCCGCGAGCUGGACAACCUUCAGUACCGGAAGAUGAAGAAAAUCCUCUUCCAUGAGGCGCACAAUGGUCCCGCACCGGAGGGAGGUGAUGACGAAGAGGAUGGGGAGCAGUAUAUGCUUCGCACCGGCACAGUCAACAGCAUGGAGAGCUCCCACUCUCUGCCAUCCAUGUCAAUCAGCGCCAGCUCCCAGAGCAGCUCGGUCAACAGCCUGGCGGACGGCUCCGACGACAGCGGGGAGAUGGCCAUGAUGCAGGAGGGAGAGCACACCGUCACCUCCAACAGCUCCGUCCUGCACAAACCCCUGAGCCAUGACAACAUCUACGAUGAUCCCUAUCAGCCCGAGAUUGACCCACAGCGAGAAGCUCCUUCUUCUGGUGGUGUUAUUGUUCUUGGAGGUGGAGGAGGAGGAGGCGGCGGCGGCGGGAGGCGUCGUCGAGGAAGAGACCAUUUUGCCACCAUCAGGACGGCCUCGCAAGUCACUCGCCAGAUUCAGGAACAUGAGCAGGGUUCGGCCCUGAGAGAGCAGAUGUCUGGGUACAAGCGGAUGCGGCGGCAGCACCAGAAGCAGCUGAUGGGCCUGGAGAACAAGCUGAAGGGAGAGAUGGACGAGCACCAGCUGAGACUGGACAAAGAGCUGGAGAAUCAGAGGAACAGCUUUUCAAUGGAGGGAGAGAAACUCACAAAGAAGCACCAGGGUAUUCUGGAGAAGGAGAUCAAGGCCGUCAUGACUGAGGAGAAGAAGUUCCAGCAGCACAUUCUGGGCCAGCAAAAGAAGGAGUUGACCGGUUUGCUGGAGUCCCAGAAAAGACAGUACCGGCAACGCAAGGAGCAGCUCAAAGAGGAACUGAAUGAGAACCAGUCGACGCCGAAGCGAGAGAAGCAGGAGUGGUUGGUGCAUCAGAAGGAGUGUAUGCAGCAGCUACAGGCGGAGGAGGAGGCCGGCCUGCUGCGACGGCAGAGGCAGUAUUAUGAGCUCCAGUGUCGCCAGUACAAGAGGAAGUUGGUGCUGGCACGCCACAACCUGGAGCAAGACCUGCUGCGAGAGGAAUUGAACAAGAAGCAGACUCUGAAGGACCUGGAGUGCGCCAUGCUGCUGCGUCACCACGAGUCCACCCAGGAGCUGGAGUUCCGCCAGCUGGGUUUGGUGCAGCACACACGGGCCGAGCUCAUACGCACGCAGCACCAGACGGAGCUCACCAACCAGAUGGAGUACAACAAGAGGCGUGAGCAGGAGCUGCGUCAGAAACACGCGGUGGAGGUCCGCCAACAGCCCAAGAGCCUCAAAUCCAAAGAGCUUCAGAUCAAGCGUCAGUUCCAGGACACGUGUAAGAUCCAGACCCGCCAGUACAAGGCCCUGCGCAACCACCUGCUGGAGAACACGCCCAAGUCGGACCACAAGGCCGUGCUGAAGCGGCUGAAGGACGAGCAGACCCGUAAGCUGGCCAUCCUGGCCGAGCAGUAUGACCACUCCAUCAAUGACAUGCUGUCCACACAGGCUCUGCGAUUGGAUGAAACCCAGGAAGCAGAGUACAAGGUGCUGCGGAUGCAGCUGCAACAGGAGCUGGAGCUGCUCAACGCCUACCAGAGCAAGAUCAAGAUCCACACGGACACGCAGCACGACAGGGAGGUCAAGGACCUGGAGCAGAGGGUGUCCAUCCGCCGCGCCCUGCUGGAGCAGAGGAUCGAGGAGGAGAUGUUGUCGCUGCAGAACGAGCGCUCCGAACGCAUCCGCACGCUCCUCGAGCGUCAGGCCGGAGAGAUCGAGUCCUUCGACUCAGAGAGCCUGCGCCUGGGCUUCAGCAACAUGGCACUGACCGGCAUCCCCAGUGAGGCCUACCCCAAGCAGGCCUACUCCAACGCCCCCCCCUCCAGCUCCCGCUCCGCCGGCCACUGGAGCCACGGCAUUCACCCGCAGAACAUGCCCCCGCAGCAGCACUCCCGCCGCAGCCACAACAGCAGCAGCAGCAGCGGCAUCAGUAGUGGCAGCGGCGCCGGGGACCGCAGGAGCGAGUCCUCCUCCUCCUCCUCCCAUGGCCUGGCUAUGGCCCUGGGGCUGGGCAGGGACAGCAGGGAGGUGCACCACUCGUCCCGCUCAUCUGCCUCCUCUUCUUCCUCUUCCUCCUCGUCUUCCUCCCACCACCAGCGCCACCACCUGCCCCAGCACUACCACCACCAGAGCACGCCGCAGCUGUACCGCGAGCGGGAGCGGGAUCGAGAUAGGGAGCGGGAGAAGGAGAGGGAGCGGGAGUGGGCCGGAGUGAGAGGCUCCGGCGGUGACCUGGCCCACCCACACCCCCUGCCCUUCUCCCAUCACCUGCCCUCACGCUCCUCCUCUCAGUCCCUGGCCAUGCUACCUCCGCCACCGCCUGCCCCUCCCUCCAUCUCUGGCCCGUCCUCCUCUUCCUCUUCCUCCUCCUCCUCGCAGGGGGGGAUAUACGGGGGCGGCGGGCUGGCUGUGCGUGGUGCCCCGAGUCUGAUGGCCCUGAGGAACAGCCCUCAGCCUCUGAGGAGGACGGCGUCCGGCGGGGGGCCCGGUGGCUCCGCGGGCAGCGACAGCGUCCUGAGCCGAAGCACCUCAGUCACUUCUCACAUCUCUAACGGCUCCCACAUCUCCUACUCUUAGACGGCAGGAGGAAGAGAACGGACGAGGGAGGAGGUGAUUUAGGAAGGUAGCUAUCACAGGUUGCAUCUCAAUACUCUCAGCUUGCCGCCCUUGCCUUGCGUUCUUUCUUGGAAGCAUCUCAAGUCUCCGUGGAGCUGACAUGCAGAGGAUUUGGGGGAAAUCACCCUCUCCUCUUCGUGCAUGGGAAGGUAAAGAAACGAGUGGCCAAACUGACAUUAUUGAGCUGCAACCUGCGUCUUUAGACUCAGGGUGGGUCGAGAGGAUUCCUCCCAUUCUCACAGGUGUAAAAAGAGGGAGGGAGGAAUGUAACCACCUGUGAAACCGCCGGAUUGAGGCGAUGUUAGAUUUUAACAAAGCAGAGGUUUGUGUUUAAUGUUUUUAUCUUUGUUAUAGCCUGUACAAAAGUGAAAUAGGAACGUGUGAACGGAGAAGACGUUUAGCCUUUUUUUCCUCCCAGAGCUGCAGAGAGAAAGGGGGACGGCAGCCAUGUCUUCUUCUAUGAUGUUCUAUGCUGGAAUGGAGAAAGAGAGAGGACAGGGGGGAAGAUUUACAAAAAAAGGGAUAAUGUUUUCCUUGGCAUUGUGUCUGUACUUGUAUGUGGUCUGUAGUGUUCAGAUAUUAUCUAGAAAGCACUCGCAACUUGGGCUCCGGAGAGGAAAAGAAAGGGCAGAAUCAGAAAGGAUGGGGAACUUCAGUCUUCAGCCUGGUGGAGACUGGAAAACACUUUUUAUUGAUUUACAACUGUUGAUGUUUUUGUUGUUUUCUCUCUCUCUCUCUUUUUUUUUUAGUAAGUGUAUAAAAAAAAACACAAAAAAACAAGUUGCUUGGAACGUCACCAAUGCCUUUAAGGGGUUCUUAAAGGGAUGUCGUGACAUCCGAAUUUUAAUUUGACGACCGCAGGAUGAUGUAAAACCGAAUUAAAUACGAUAAACGCAGAAUGUUUGUAACAGCGAGAGACUCUCAAAUGCAGCUGGGACGACAACUAGAGAAGAAGAGGAAGAGAAAAGUGCUUUCUGGCAUCUGUGACAUAUUGAGUAUCUAAACAACAUAGGGUGUCUCACUCCGAUGCAUGAGGUAGAUGUACAAAAAAAGCAACACAUUUGUAAACAUGACCAAACACAUUCGAAUUGUACCGUACCCGUCCAAGUUUCACCGGCAUCGAAGAUCACCUGUCCCACAUUUUGGAUCUUUACUGUACAUAUUUAUGGGAAUAUAAAAAAAAAACAAAAAAAAACACGUCAUUUGGUUUUAUAGAGUAACAACGAUAACGAUAGUAAUUUUGAUAUAUUCCAAUGAGUAUUGACUUCAAGAUUUAGAGCGACAACUCCAAACCGCAUUUUCUAUAGGUGUCGAUAUUACCAUAACUAAUCCUGAUGUAAUUGUUGUUGUAAUCAUGUUCACAUUUUUCUUGUGAGAAGUAAAGGGCCCACUUUUGACUGUAAAAAGAAAAAAUUGAGGACAAAAAAACCUGUUGCGUUGUCAGGUAUGGUGUGUGUUCAAGGUAUUAAUGAUUAUUAAUAAUAAUAAGGGGUUAUUAAUAAUUGUUGAUAAUUUAUGUGCGUGUGUGUGUUGAGCGGUAAAGUCUAGUUAUAUUACCACUUUUUUUAGCAGUUGAAUUUUAAAAGACACUCCUACACCCCACUGUUCACAUGAACUCUGACCUCCUCCUCUGGACUCUUAAGAGACAACAACAACAAAAGAUUUUACAAUUGGCCACAGGAAUGUAAACGCUGGUUUUUACGUUUUUUAUUUGAUUGUUUUUCGGAUGAGGAAGCAAAGUGAUGCUCUGAAAGGAAGAACGUGGAAGUUGGAUGAGAGAGAGCGGACAAGCCGUGUUGACCCCUGCAGGGUGCAGCGUGAGAGGAAGCGUGAGAGGAAGCGUGUGAGGAAGCGUGUGAGGAAGCGAGGGGACGGGCGUGACUGAGCGGCUGCGACGGCUGCACCCUCUUGUGCCGGAGCAGCAGCGGUGACCGGAGCGGCUCGUCCUCCUCACACGGGAAAAAGAAAAGACCACUCAGUGAUCCACGAGCAGGAGAACAGGCCCGACGCCCUGCUCCCUGCUCCCGUGGGCUGACUUUUACUUGAAGGAGAUCACAAACAAGUGGACUCUUGUUUGUUUAUUUGUCUGUUUUUACUAUUAUUGUUGUUUUUAUUUGAGGAAAAAACAAAAAAAAAAUGAUAAUCACCCUGCUGUUUGUAUGACUCAGAAACACCAGCUCAAGACAAUUCCCUGUAUAACCUACUACUUUAUGCUUGGUUGGAAUCUCAGUGCAUGCAUAAACUCCUUAUAUAAACUAAGACUGGCUGCUUCGGGGCGGCCUCCGUGUUGGGAAAUCAGUUUGGUAGUGUUUGUAGAGAGGUGUCCGAGGCUCUGGGGUGGGGGGGGAGCAGGGAGCCUCAGUUCCUGUGUCGAACGAUGAAGAUGAUGAUGAUGAUGAUGAAGCAGCAAAUGAAACAAAG